AUGAUCGAGGCUUUACCCAUUGAACUUGUCCUUCAGGUUUGUCAAAACUUGCAUCAGUCGGAUUGCUUUCAUUUGAUGCUAUGCAACAAGUUCUUGAGCCGGUGCUGUCGUAAAAGAUUAUAUCAGUCAAUCAUAGUGGAUGAUGAAAGCCUCUAUCUUGACGAACUUUUGGAGGAUAGUUAUUACCUUCGUGAUAUAUGUGGUGUCAAAGUGUAUUCUAGCAGAGUGAAAUCCUCAUAUGGCCUGAAACAAUUGAUCAAAACACUUACAGAAAGUGACAUGGUUUCCUUAAUACAAAGAAUUGAAGUUAACCAAGAUCUUGGCCUUCUGAGGGAAUGUAUACCUAGAAUGACAAAUCUAAAAUGCGCUCAGCUGCCAGAGUCGGGCGUAUUAGAUGCGCCGGGUUUGCGGUCACUAAGAACAAAAAAAUUAGAAGGCUUCAAUCAUGAUCUUCAUGAGCUGGAGCUGACCCAGAGCUGUAAGUUAACUUUCUCCGACUUUAAGCGCCUCAAGAAACUCUCCGUGACUGGUAUCACCAGCACUAGCCUGAAGCAAUAUCGAGUUACAUUAUCAUCGCUCUUCAUCACAGAUGGCUACAAACUCAAGUUGCAUGCGCUUACCAUUAAAUCAGCAUUGAUCUAUCCUCAAGAAUCACAAAUCCUACUUCAGGCAGUGGAUUUCUCGAAGCUUCAAGUUCUUCGUCUCAUAGACGUGUUUGAAUAUCCCACUUUGAGUUUGCCGGAGACAGACAUUAAGUGGGAGGAAUUGCGCGUCUCAGAUUUUCGGCAAUGGAUGUCUCGAUUGUCAGACCGCAAUCGGCUUCUUGAGACAGGGGAAAUGCUGCUAGAAGCACUGAGACCACAAGUCAAAGGGCUGAAGGUACUGGAGUUGCAAGUAUGCAACUUUUUAGCUGACCGCGGUCCCCAAUUUAUCUCAUCUAUUGCAGACUUGAGGAAACUAGUUGUCACAAUUCCAUGGCAAAAUUGUGUGGAUUAUGACCCCGACGCUCGAAUUCGGGCAUAUUUACAAAGUAUCUCUUUGCAUGCAAAUCUCCGUCAUCUAGUCAUUGAAUCGCCGCCAAUAGAUCUCCCGUUGCUCGAACUAUACUUGUCACACAUGAAAAAUUCGAAAGGUCUCAAGUUCUGUGUCAAACCAAUUGAACUGGCCCAUUUUGUUUCAUUCAUUCAGAACUUCCCUGAAUUGGAAUUCUUGGAUGUAGUUUUCGAUCCACUUCCCUUCAAUGAGUUCCAGGAGAAGUAUAUUGUUGAAGCUCUAACUCCGGGACCACUGCAAUACGCUAAAAUUUCUAACUCAAUCUAUGACAUGAAGACAGGAAUCAUCAAGGGCAAAUAUAUCAUGCGCUGGUUUGACGAGAAGCUUACGAAUUUGUAG